CCCAUUAACAUCAACGCAUCGCAUGAGUAACAGAAAAGUAAGGCGAAGUACGUGCGGCUGCGCUAUUUCUCCCUGAGAAGGAUUGCAGACACCGAGUGAAAAAUCAGAAACCUCCUUGUAAAAUGGAGUAGCCCAGGUGUUGUCACGUGACUUUGGUCUAAGAUGGCAGCAGCAGUGGUGGCUGCGUCCGGAUUAGCUGCUGAAGUGGACGAAUUUGAGGACGCGCCUGACGUGGAGCCUCUGGAGCCGACACUAAGCAACAUUAUCGAACAGCGGAGUCUGAAAUGGAUCUUCGUCGGAGGGAAGGGCGGUGUCGGCAAGACCACCUGCAGCUGCAGCUUAGCUGUGCAGCUCUCCAAAGUGCGGGAGAGCGUCCUCAUAAUCUCAACAGAUCCUGCUCAUAAUAUCUCAGAUGCCUUUGACCAGAAAUUUUCCAAAGUUCCCACCAAAGUAAAGGGCUACGAUAACCUUUUUGCCAUGGAGAUUGACCCCAGCCUGGGUGUGGCUGAACUUCCAGAUGAAUUCUUUGAAGAGGAUAACAUGCUGAGUAUGGGCAAGAAGAUGAUGCAGGAGGCAAUGAGUGCCUUUCCUGGUAUUGAUGAGGCCAUGAGCUAUGCUGAAGUGAUGAGGUUGGUGAAAGGGAUGAAUUUCUCCGUGGUGGUGUUUGACACAGCACCCACAGGGCACACGCUACGGCUGCUCAAUUUCCCAACUAUUGUGGAGCGGGGACUAGGUCGACUGAUGCAGAUAAAGAACCAGAUCAGUCCCUUCAUAUCACAGAUGUGCAACAUGCUUGGCCUGGGAGACAUGAAUGCUGACCAACUGGCCUCCAAGCUGGAGGAGACCCUCCCUGUUAUCCGUUCAGUCAGCGAGCAGUUCAAAGAUCCGGAGCAAACCACAUUUAUCUGUGUCUGCAUUGCUGAGUUCCUGUCCCUGUAUGAAACAGAACGACUCAUUCAGGAACUAGCCAAGUGCAAGAUUGACACCCACAACAUCAUAGUCAAUCAGUUGGUCUUUCCUGACCCAGAAAAGCCAUGCAAGAUGUGUGAGGCCCGGCACAAAAUCCAGUCGAAAUAUCUUGACCAGAUGGAAGACCUCUAUGAAGAUUUUCACAUUGUCAAGCUGCCGCUCUUGCCCCAUGAAGUGCGAGGGGCUGACAAAGUCAACACCUUCUCAAGUCUGUUACUGGAGCCCUACAAGCCACCCAGUGCAAAAUGAAGAACUACAAACUGACUUCCACUUAUUCCCCCUGCCCCUACCACCCACCAUCCCAAGCCUACUCUUGCCCACCCCUUGCCCACCAGAACUCCCCUUUCAGUGGCCUCUGAUCGUGCUGUGGUGGAAAGAUGCAGAAUCUGACAUUUUCACUUCUUUCUGUCCUGUUGCUGAUACUUACUUCCAUUGGACACCCAAAACCAGCCACAACAUUGAAUUCAUUCCCCUCACUGAUCGGCUAGCUAAUUUCAACUCUGGCCCCCGUUUUUGUUUUUCUCCCUCUGGCUUCCUUCUGGAUCAUAUCUCCUGGGCUGGAUACAGUUAUGUCUGAGGUCCCAGUCAGGUGUUGUGAUGAUGCGGAGAUUGUCAGUCCAUUUGCAACCGUUCACCCUAAGGGGAAACAUGUAAAUAAACUGUAAGGGAAAUGAAUUUGUUGCUGUUCAUCAA